UACUUGAGAAUUCCCUCAUGACGUCAUUAAUGGGGAUUCCCAGGACAUGGUUUGGAGUGUUUUAUCGAAAUUAAUCAGUUUUAUGUCAGAAUGGAAAUAAUGACUUAUUUCUUUGAAAUAACACUUUUCCCACAUUCUGAUAUUUACAUCUGAAGGAGAUAACUUCUUAAUCUUAGAAUCUCAAUCUGAACGAGGUAACAAAUGAUCCGAAGAUGGCCUAUUCUCUGCCAUCAUCAUCUGCGGACGCUUCUCACAGUUCUCUGACAACACCAUCACCCCCAAGUCAGGCUGAAAGAGGAUUGGAAAAUGUCUUCACCGAUACGCGGAGACCCAUCUCAAUCAUGGAAGGUUUGGCAAAACUCUAUGAGACGAAACAUCUCGUUGAUGUCACUCUGUGCAUCGGAAGCAGGGAGUUCCUUUGUCAUAAGAACGUCCUGGCGAUAUCCAGUCCGUACUUUAUGGCAAUGUUCUCGCAUGACAUGUUAGAAAAUGUUCAAAAUAAGGUCAAGUUAAAAGACAUUGACAGUGACACAUUAGAUGGAAUUCUUCGCUACAUUUAUCGUGGAGAAAUCGCGCUGACUGAGUCAAGCGUCCAAAACAUCUUAUCUGCGGCAAAUAUAUUCCAAUUGGAAAAACUAAAAGCUGGCUGCGAAGCAUUUAUGAUGAAGCAUAUUAAUAAGACUAACUGUAUUGAGGUUUACUUCUUUGCUAAGGCACAUGAAUGUGACGCGUUGGCAAAAAAGAGCCGUGAAAUUAUCUGUACUCAUUUCACAGAUCUGUACCAGAGGGACGAGUUCUUGUGUCUGCCGCUGGAUAACUUAGUCGAUAUCAUCGCGGACAGUGACCUGAACAUCUCAACCGAAGAGAUUGUAUAUUCUGCGUGUUUAAAAUGGAUAAACCAUGAUUUGGAAACGCGUAAAAACGACGCAGGACGUGUUCUUUGUCACGUCAGAUUUGCAAACAUCAGUUCGUACUAUUUCUGCGACUUCAUCGAAUCGAAUCCGAUGGUCCGCGAUUGUAACGCGCUGCAAGACACGCUUGCUAAGGUCCGCUACUAUCACAUGUUGAAGAAUCGUAAACAGGAACUUGAUUUGAAUUUUACGACUCGUAAAGGAAUGAACGUUAUUCAGGGCGUGUUGAUUAUCGCCAACCCCUACAGCGAGGAGAAUCAUAUGAAGUUUAAUAGCAUGGAGAUGCUUCUGCCGCAUCAUAGCAAGUUGCUACAUGUUUGCCGGCUGCCGCAGAGCUUGUAUAUGCCUGGUUGUUGUGUUGCUGGUGACCAUGACGUCUACCUAGCAGGGGGCAGCGUGCGCAAACUCAACUACCGUGGUUCGAUCACAUCGGAGGAGGUGUCCAAUUACCUCUACUUGUUCAACUGUAGUUCAAGGACGUGGGAGGUCAAGGCCAAACUCAAACAGCCAAGGUCACAACUAGUUCUUGUAGCCGUAGACAGGUUCCUGUACUGUAUUGGAGGCAGUGGUGGUAUGGAGAUCCUGAGUAACCUGGACCGUUACGACGGCCAGACCAACCAAUGGUGUGCAAUGGCACCCCUCCCAGAGGCACUGCGCUGCAUGACGGCAGUCAGCUAUAAAGGAAAACUUUAUUCGUUUGGCGGAGAAGCAAGCAAUGGAAAGAUUGUGAAUUCUGUUUACAGAUAUGACCCGAGCGAUAACAAAUGGACCAACCUCCCACCGAUGUUGAAAUCACGAGCGCUGGCAGGAUCCGCUGUCUUCAAGGAGAAGAUAUAUGUGAUUGGUGGGAACACUGCGGUCAGUGAGAAAUGGAAGCGUGAGUUCUUGCCGGAACACUGUACAAGUUCGGUUGAGAUCUUUGACCCAGCGGAUAACACGUGGAUGCUUGGGCCAGAGUUACCUCAUCCGCUGUGUGGGGCAGGUGUCGUGAAAUAUGGCAACAGCAUCCUCGUCGUCGGUGGCGAAGACGACAAGAGUUGGAUGGCGGGAAUAUGCUCUCUACAAAUGGAGGAAGGAAAGCACCAGUGGAUAGAAGGAGAGCCGCUACCCACCGUCAUGAGCACGUUCGGUUGCAUCGUAGCGACACUCCCUCGGGAAAGCAUGAGCCAGGACAUGUUAACGUAGCUCGGAACUGGUUUCAGGCAGUUGUAUUUUGAUGCCCAGUUCUUACCAAAACCCUUGAUCAGAAAUGGAAGAAGAAAAAAGCUGACCUAACUUGCAAAAAACCCUCAAAAUCGGUUCCUUUUUAAUUAAAGAUUUAAAAUUUCACGGAGAACUGAGGUAUACAUCAUUCCAUUACUUCUGUCAAAUCAAUACAUCUUCAGCAGGACGCAGAAAUAUCUCAAAAAUCGGAAAUGUCUCAGCCCUGAUUGAUGAUGAUCAUGUGUCAGUGAAACUGUUCGUGUGCAUAUGUAUGUUGUAGGCUUUUGUACCAGUGUUGUAAUUUAUUGAUGGACAAUAUUGUUGAUAUUGAAAAUGUGAUAUAAGGAAAACGAGAAUGAGACUAUAAAGAGCUCUGUUUAAAACACCUUUCUCAGAGUUUUAUACCAGUGUUAUAAUUUAUUGAAAGACGAUAUUGCUGACAUUGAACAUGUGAUAUUAGGAGAAUUAGAAUGAGACCAAGAGCUCUGUUUAAAACACCUUUCUCAGAGAUAACCAGUGUUGUAAUUUAUUGAUAGACGAUAUUGCUGACAUUCAACAUGUGAUAUUAGGAGAACGAGAAUGAUACUAAAAGCUCUGUUUAAAACACCUUUUUCAGAGUUUUAUACCAGUGUUAUAAUUUAUUGAAAGACAAUAUUGCUGACAUUGAGCAUGUGAUGUUAGGAGAAUUAGAAUGAGACCACGAGCUCUGUUUAAAACACCUUUCUCAGAGUUUUAUACCAGUGUUAUAAUUUAUUGAAAGACGAUAUUGCUGACAUUGAACAUGUGAUAUUAGGAGAACGAGAAUGAUACUAAAAGCUCUGUUUAAAACACCUUUCUCAGAGUUCGCUACUCGGUCAUACGCUGGUGCAGUGGU